GUAAUCAACAAUCUGCGUCAGAAAUGUCAAUAUUUCAUUGAGAAAAUAACGACUUGAAUGUGAAAAAAUCGAAAAAUCCAAUAAUAUCAUGGUGGAACCUAUCUUUGAUUUUCAAUUUAGACUAAUUCUUAUCGGAGAUAGCACUGUUGGAAAGUCAUCUUUAUUGAAAUAUUUCACAGAGGGAAAGUUUACAGAUGAAUGUGACCCGACAGUGGGUGUUGAUUUCUAUGCCCGUCUCAUCGAAGUGAAACAAGGUGUCAGAGUGAAGCUACAGUUAUGGGACACAGCAGGACAAGAACGAUUUCGAUCUAUAACCAGAUCGUACUACAGAAAUUCAGUAGGAGCACUUAUUGUGUUCGACAUCACAAAUCGUAGAAGCUUCGAAAACUUAGCGGGCUGGCUUCAUGAAUCUAGGGCCCACAUAGAACCCCAAAAAGUUGUGUAUGUCGUCGUAGGUCACAAGGCAGACAGGGACGACGAAAGGCAAGUUACCACCCGUGAGGGGAGAAUGUUCGCGGAAAUGAAUGGACUAAAAUAUGUGGAGACUUCGGCAAAAACAGGGCAAAAUGUGGAGGAGGCCUUUCUCAUGGUGGCCAGAGAAGUCCACGCAUUGCUGGAGCAAGGAAAGAUCCGCGUGGAAGAAGGAUGGGAUGGAGUGAAAACUGGAUUCACCCGUCCGGCUCAACCAUUCCAUGUGAUAGAGGGGGAGAAAGAAAGUGGGGGGUGUUGCUGAAGUGCAUUAUGGGUUUACUAUAUAUACAAUGAACUCUUUUUAAUAGGCCAUAUGUGUAUCAUUUUGAUAUAUAUGUUCAUUGAUAAUGGCCAAAGGGAAAUUAUUUGAUUUUAAACCUGUAGUGUUAAAUUUCAGAAGAAAAAAAAUUGUGAUUUUUUUUUUUGUUGGAGAAUUUUUGAACAAUUGUUGUGAGUGUAUGAUGGGUUGUGAUCAGUUUCAGAUGUUGUUCUUUACUGGGCAUGUAUGCUUGUAAUAUUGUUUUCAAUCAGAGUAUUAAUUUUCAAAGCUUUACAUUGUGUACUCAUCGAAAAGCAAAGGGGAAAAAACCAGCCUCAGUACCUUUUGUUCCGGAUGCAUCUGACAUGCAACAGGGUUUUUUGUGUUUGUUUUUUUUAUUUUUUAUUCUGUUCAGCUGUACCGGUAUUUGAUUUAUAAUUGUACUUUGGUGCAUAAAUCUUGUGCAAUGUGAAAAUGCAAGUAUUGAUAGUAUAGAUAAGUAUCCCCAGUAUUCCAAGAAUUUAAUUUGUACAAAUAAUGGUUAAAGAGUAAUAGUUAGUAUAUAUGUACCAUAUUUGGUCUAAUAACAACCCAAGAAUUUUUUAAAAAAUAUCUAUCUCCAGAAGAUAGGGACCAUGCACUGAUGAAUGGCUGUAUUAAUGCUCCAUUCACUUUUCAUCUUAUUCUCUUCAAAUCAAGAAAGUAUCCAAUGCAAUUAACAUUGAUAAUAUAAUUUUCUGAAAACAUUAAAAUCUUAUCAUAUUGAUGCAAUUGUUUUAAAUUCUCUGAAACAUUUUGGAAAUUAUUGAAAACCAAAAAGCUAUACAUGUAUAACGAUCUACAUGUAGAUGAUCUUUUCUCCUAAUGCAACAUUAUUUAAAAUUUGUAACGAUUAUAUUUCAGAUCAUUAUGACAUACGUCUCAUCAUGAUAAUCUAUAAGUUGAGAGAUGAUAAUUGAUUUUUCUUUUUUUUAACUUUUCUGAUGCACGUCAUCAAAAAACAUAUUAUAUACAUGCAUAUGGAUUUUGCAAUAUUAUAUUAAUAGUAUAAUACAGUCUGUUCAUGCACAUGAAAGCAAUUCAGGCAUAAUUUGUUUUGUUUUUCUUUCCUUAAUUGAGGAAAAAAAGAUAAUGCUACAAUGCACAUAUAUAUAUUUAUGGCCAUGAUGUAUUUGAUUUCUAUUUAAUCAAGGGCAUUUUACUAGCAUAUUUUGGCAUGAGUUUAUGUUAUACUCUAGUUUUAGCUUAACUGUGAUGUCAAUAUUCCAGUGUUUAUAUUAUUUUCUGCAGGGGCUAGAAUGUUACUAUAAGGUUUUAUAUACCAGUAUUUGGUCAUAUUAAGAAACUCAGCAUUGAUUUUCAUGCUAGAAAACCCAUUAGGAAAUGUUCUCUGCAUGAUGCAAAAAUCAAUUAGAAAUAGGGAAAAACUUGUGUCUAAUAUUAAGAUUUAAGAACUCUACUGGGAAAUUUUUCAGAUUGCCUCUACAUUCAUUAACAUUUUAAUAAAUUGUAUUAGACCAGAUUUUAUUAGAGUUGUUCCCCUUGAAAAGCAUUUUUUUUUAUUUGAAGUAUGAUCUAUGAAAGGUUGAAUUAUUGUUAAUUUUCUCUGAUCAAAAUGUUCACUCUUAAUCACUUUUGGUUUUAGGAUAACGUAGUUCAGAAUCAUUCAUUUCUUUCUUUUUUUUUCAUAAAUAAAAGUUGUGAAAUUUGCAAUUUACUAGUUCAGUCCAUGGUUUGGCAAAUACAAAAAAUCUGUAAAAAAAAAUAUUCAAUGAGGCUAAAUUUAUUUUUAUUUACCACGUGCAUGCUUUCAGGAAAUACAGUGUUACAGUAAUAUUACCAUUUGAUAUUUUACUCAGAUGCAGUUAAUUAAGCUAGACACCUACUACCAGUAAAAAAAAUAUUUCAAUACAGAGUCAUACAGUUGUGCAAUCAUAUUUUUAAAAAUAAAACCAAAAGUUACCAAGAUAUUUAUGCAAAGCUUACCAAAAUAUUUUGUUAGUAAUUAAUCAGUACAACAAUUAAAUCAAAGGUCAGUUGUUCCUGCAAAUAUACAUUAAUUUGUGAUACUCAGCAUCAAGGAGUUAGUGAAAUAUUUAUUAUUUUUAAUAAUAUUCCCAUAUUAAUGAUAUUGCACGCCAUAUGAAGUACCGGUAGUUUUGUGAAGUAUUGUUUUACAUACAGACACAACUAUGAACCACCAGAGGACUGUUUUGUUGCCAUAUUUUUUCAGUUAUCAGGUUGUUUUUAUUUACUAAUUAUUUAUUUAUGUUUUUUUGUUUGUCGUUAAGGGCCUGCUGUUUUGGUUUUACCCUGAAGUGUUUACCAUGUAUAUGUGCAAUAAUCAAACAAAAUGAAAUAAAUGUGCUUUUCAGAUGAAA